UGUCAUUAAAAAAAAAGUAGUUGCGAAUUCAAAAUCCGCGUAAAAACUAUAAAUGUUAUCACCAGAAUGGAUAAUUCUUGUUAUGUAUCAAAUAAACUUUGUUUUAAAUGUGACCAAAAGUUGUUCGGUAGUUUAGAUAUUGCUUGCAAUACAUUAAAUUACAUGACAAUACUGUGGAACAAGUACCAAAUUUUAGUAUAUGAAAAACUUUGCUUUAAGACCGCCACCAGAGUUAUCGAGCCGGAAUUUCAAAUACUCGAUUUACUUCUCCAUAAUAACCACAUAGCUUGUUUAGACUGCAGCGGUAACAUACACGUCAUAUCACUAAAAUUUAAAAACCCUACACAGAAAAAAUUCAAAAGUUGUUUUCAGCCACGAAAACAAGACAUUCUAGCCUUCGCACAAUAUAAUUCGGAUGGUGUUUUAACUCUACAAUAUUCUAUGGGUGCGUUGUACCUUAGUUUUCAUAUGAUAAACAAAGAAUUUCAAAUAGAAAACGAGUUACAGUUAUUACUUGACAAUGACCAGAUUUCUUCCUCAUGGACACGGGACAACUGUAUAUUGAAAUCUCAUUCCCUAACAACUUUAAAGGGUAUUGAACAAUUAUUUGAUAUCAAAGAAUGUUCAUUAAGUAAUUUCAACUUAGUGAUUAUUUCUUUUGAUAAAUUGUCAAUAUAUGCUGCCGUAGUAAGUCCAAAAAUGAUUGAAGAUGAAACAAAAUUGAUUAAAAUUUAUUCAAGUCCAACUGAGAUAUGCAACAUAGAGGUAGUUGAAGAAGAUAAUUUGAAUAUUGUAAUAGGACUUUCCAUUGGAUCUAUAAUUACAAUACCUUUAACAAAAGACAGGAAACCAAUAAUAACACACUUGAGUACUGCAAUACAUAAAUUUUAUGUAUUCAAAGACACACUAAUACACACAGAUGGAUGUACUAUGUGGAACACAGAGAAUUUAUAUUCAAAAAGAACCAUAUUAAACAAAUUCUUUGUCAGACAGGUUAAAGACUUCAUCAAAGUUAACAAUAAGAUAAUUUGCACAACAUUUUCAAAUUUAAUUUACAUAUUUAGUAAUGAUGAGACAUCCUAUGUCAAGUCACAGAAUUCAGAAGAAUAUUUAGCAGUAGAUAAGCUUUUAAACAAUACAGAUUGUUUAAAUAAAAUUAUGGAAGAGGUUGAGAAAAACAAUGAACUCGUAAAGAAAUUGAGGAAAGAAGAAAAUUAUAUAACAGCUUUGUCAUUAUCCAAUCGACAGGAUAUAAUGAACAAUAUUAUCACUACAAAAGUUAUAGUUUUUGAGAACUAUGAAGAUGCAAGUAAAGAAUAUGUUCCUAUAACAUUAACUGAAAGUAUUGAAGAAUAUUUUAGAUCGGAAACAAUGUUGUAUCUUAUAAACAUAUUGAUUAAUACAUCGCACACAAUAACCAGCAAUAUUUUCUCAAAUCUUUUCACUGAUUUUAAAAUACAUGUGACUUUUUCAAGUGAUAAUAAAUUGCUAAAAACUACAAGCGUAGAGUUGGGACAACUCAAUAAAGUUAAUUACCUAAUUCCUUUGAAAAAUACAUCCACAAGAAUAGAUGUAAAUAUAACAUUUGUUACGAAUAUUCCGGGAGCUUAUGAUGAGAAAGAAACAGCCUGGAACGUACUAUACCGAAAACACGUUUUGUUAAAAUCAGAAAAUUUUAUACUUAUUAAUAACACAACAGAUAAAGUUUUGCUCUUGAAUAAAACUGAUGGAACUGAUGAAUUACUGCUGAAAACUGUACAAAAUACUUAUGGAAAUGAAUUUACUUUCAUAGAUCAAACGAAGUGCACAAAGGAAGAUGAAUGGUCAUUGUACGUUAAAUUACCCACAAAUUACCCAAAUGUGUUAAAGAACUCAGAUUACUGUGAUAAAUAUUUGAAUUUAAAAACAUCCAAGUAUCUAUCCCAGCUAUAUACCUCUGAUGAAUUUUUGAAAUCGAAAAGUAAUUUUGUUAUUAACGUCAGUAAAGAUAAAGUCAAACUAGAAAUUGUUAAUGACGGAUUUUCGAAUCCUGUAUUAAAAAUCACUAGUGGGAACUUACAAGUAGCUUUGGAUAUAAGAAAUUUCUUUGCUGGACUAAUUUAUAACAAAUUCAAUAAUUAUGUUCCGGAUGAGGAAUUUAUUAGUCAAACAUUUUAUACCACUGUUGAAAAUGUGCAAAAUGCUGUGAAGAGCUUCAUUACAAAAGGUCUGGACCCUGAAGAAUUCAAUCCACUGGUCGACAGAUUUGAAAGAAAUGUUAUUGGAGCUUUGCCUCUUUAAAUAAAACAAUAAUAUUCUAAUAAUGAUAAAACCAAGGCUGAUAUAGUAGCCUCUAUAAAAUGUGAUAUUAUUUUGUAUUUUUAUUAAAAUCUUUUUUUAA